AUGAAUGAAAAGUUUGGAGUGAAGAAGGAUGGUAAGAAUGAGAAUACUGAAGUUUCAAACUUUCAAAAGCAACGCCCUAAGGAAAAUAAAAUGAACAAAGAUGGCUUUUCGCAACCUAACAAGGACUUUGGCCAAAAGACUACUCCAAAUACGAGUGUUUCAUCUAUGGGGAAAGAAGCAUCUGGAAAAAAGAAGGUUAAAUUCGAGACUGAUUCUUCUGAAAGGAAUGAGCAUGUUAAAAAUGAUUUGGUUAUUAAAGGAGAUGCUCAGGCAAAGCGUUUUGGUAGUCCUCGUGAAACUCCUCCUUCAAAGCGAGUCAAACUCGAGACCUUAACCAACUCUUUCAGUAAAGACAAUGAAUUAAACGGCAAUGCUAAAAAGGAUACAAAUGUCAAAAAAGAUGGAAAUGUCAAAAAUGAUAUUGGAGGGAAAAAGGACACGAAAUCAAAAAGUUUAGUCAAAUCAAAUGUUGUUUUCGACGAGAAUGGCAGUAUUAAGGACUCGGACAUGGAAGAUGAAUCUGAUUUGGAAGAUCUUGAAGAUGAAGAUGAUGGCGAGUUUUUGGGUCUUGAAGAUUCUGAGGAUGGUGAAGAUGAUUCUUUGAUGGAUGAGGAGGACGAUUCUUCGAUUUUUGAUGAAGAGGAAGAUGAAAAGAGUGAUCCUGACACUUCGCGAGAAUUGGUCGACUUAAACAUUACUGGGUAUAAUAUUUCUACAAACACUUCAAAUUGUAUUGUUCUCAAUGCACAGAAGGAUUAUUCUACAGCUGCAAACCCAUUUAAAUUAUUCAAAUUCUCUGCGGAUACUGAACAUUCCGUUCAAGUUGGAUUGAAAGUUUUGCAAUGGAUUCUGAGCCCAAUUGUGACUGAUACAUUUUUCAAUGACAUCUUGCAAAAACGAGUUCUUGUUUUGAAACGCGCUACAAAUGCUUAUUUUGAUGGAUUCUUUAAUAUUGGGGAUUUUAAGGAUAUGCUUAAGAAUAAUAAUGUUCUCUAUGGAAAGGAUGUUAAUGUUGCCAGUUAUGUUUCUGGUGUUAGACAAACCCAUAAUCCAUUAAAGAAAGAGAUGCAACGCGCUACAAUCACGAAUGCUCUGCAACAUUUUCAAAAUGGACGAUCACUUCAAUGUGUUCAUCCUCAAGUUUUUAAUGACAAAAUUUGUUAUUUAACUCCUGCUGGAACUGCUGGGUUUGCUCCGCAUUAUGACAAUAUUGAUGCUUUUAUUUUGCAAACUGAGGGCCGUAAACAUUGGAAAAUUUAUGCACCGGAAAGUUUGGAUGAUACUUUGCCUCUUGAAUCAAGUGAUAAUUUGAAUGAAUCUGAUUUUAUGGAACGUGAACCAGUUUUUGAUGGAUGGUUGGAUCAAGGGGAUGUUCUUUAUGUGCCACGGGGAUUUGCUCAUCAGGCCAAUACUGGUCAAGACAAACUUUCUCAUCAUGUCACUAUUAGUAUUUGCCGUAAAUUCUCUUAUGCCCAUUUCUUUGAAAAAGCAUCAAGCGAAUUUAUUUUAUUAAUGACGGAAAAAUCAAAACGUUUGAGAGGCGCACUUCCUCCACAUUUUUUUGAUAUGUGUGGUAUGGCUGAUAUUGCAUAUCCUAAUGAAGACUCAUUGAACAAUAAAUUAAUUUAUGAAGAUGAAGGUACUGCCUGUAUUGUGCAUCGUAUGAACAAUUCUCGGCGUUAUGAUGAAAACAAGGAAGAGCUGACUUUUGAUUUUUCUACUGAGUUGGAGAAAGGAUACAUAACUUUAUGUAAUUCUUAUCCAAAAUGGAAAACUGUUCAGUCUUUGGGUUGUGCUUCGCUAGAGAAAAAUAUUGAAUUGGCAACUUUGCUUUUUAAUAAUUGCGUGCUUAUGUUACGUCAAAAGGAGAAGAAAUAA